AUCUAAUGUGUCGCUGCGCAGUGCGCGGUAAACUGCAUUGGUCAUUGACAAUUGACUAGAGAAAAGUAGGACAAAUUAAAAAGUUUUUAUUUAAUUGUCAGUGCUAUUUAAACAAAUUGUACAAGUUGUUGUGAGUGUGUUUUAGUGCGAAUACCGAAUUAAAAAGUGUAUUGCGUUUAGAUUUAACUGAAAAAUAUAUUGGAUGUGGCAUUUUUUGGCGCGAAACAGGCCAGUUGCGGCCAUGUUGGCCGUUUUGAUUGCUGCUGCAUUAGUGGUGGUAUUUUUGGCUACUAAAGGCGCAAGUUAUAAUGUGGUUGAGAAGCUACCAGUAGAAACAAAUGACGUCAGUGAGGACCCUACAAUAUUUUCAACAUUUACGUUACCGUCAGAUGACCACUUUAUGCCAUCGAUUGGUAAUGGCCACAUCGCCACCAACAUCUUUAGCGACACAGUAUACAAGAAUGGACUUUACAAUGGGCGAAAAGGGGAAAGUCGUCGCGCAAGGAUCCCCUCUUGGGCCAAUAUAAGACUGAACUCAACUCUUACUAAUAAUCCGUACAGUCCUGUAUAUAGAUUGAAUACAAAACAUGGUGUCUUUACUGUUACGGUGGAUAGAGAGAGAUCGAUUGUCACUCAACGGAUCUUCGCUCACAAGUUCUAUACUAGAGCUAUUGUUAAUCAAAUACACGUGGAGCCGAAGAGGCGUAUUGAUCCAAAUCACAUCCACCACGAAAUCUGGAUAGCCAUAAAACAAAUGCCGGGACCCGACAGUAAAGAUAUUGAUUUCUCGUCCCCAACGCCUGAGAUAAUCGAUGGACGGUCGGUGUGGACCUCAUGCGGAAAGACCAAGGUCUCAGAAGACCCUGAAUAUCAGCCUCUACCUACCGAUGUGUGUGCCUACUGGACAUCUGUGCCUGAUCAUCUCGUGGUACCUCAUUACCGGCCAAGGGUUUUUACGUUUCUGAUGACGGUGGAUAAGAAUGCGACUGUAGCGAGGAAGGAAUUUAUUAAAGUGUUACAGGAGGAUGGGGAUGAGCUAUUCGACAAACACGUUGAAGAAUGGCAGAAGCUGUAUAAAGAAGCUGGGGUGGAGUUAGAAGGCAAUCUUAAAUUGUCGAAAAUCGUAAAUGGCAUCUGGUAUUACUAUCUCAGCUCGCUGCCUUCGAAGGAGACAUAUCAACCGUCUGACAGAUACUAUGGUCUCAGUCCCACUGGUUUGGCGAGAGGUGGAUCAUUUGAAGACUAUGAAGGUCACAAUUUCUGGGACACAGAGAUGUGGAUUUAUCCAAACAUUCUGCUUUUGUAUCCGGAGUACGCAAAGGCGUUGCUCCAAUAUAGGCUGGAGACUGCUUACGUCGCGGCUGAGUUGGCCAAGAUCACGGGGAAUAAAGGAUACAGAUUUCCCUGGGAAAGCGCAUUCACAGGAGGGGAAGUGACGCAGCCAUGUUGCCCGGAAGUGGCCGAGUUCGAGCAACACGUCACCGGAUGCAUUUCUUUCGCGGCAAGGCAAUAUCUCGCUGUUACAAGGGACGAAAACUGGCUGAAGCAUGGAGGCUGUUCCAUAGUGACAAAUAUAGCCGAGUUCUGGGCUUCGCGUGCUGUCAUCAACUAUACGACUGGGCUUUAUGAUAUUUCAAACGUAAUGGGUCCAGACGAAGACCACAGCAAUGUAACAAAUUCGGUUUUCACUAACGUCGUCGCAGGAUAUUCUUUAUAUUUGGCUCAAUAUGUAGCGUGCCUUUGCAAAUCAUACUUUGAGGCGAAGAACCCAGAUCGAUGGGCAGACAUUGCCUGGAGCCUUUCUCUUCCUUACGAUCGAACCCUGGAUUAUCACCCGCAGUUCAGUGGUUAUCACCGCGGUGACGUCAUCAAACAGGCCGAUGCUGUCCUAUUGGGAUACCCUUUACAGUAUCCAAUGAACAUGUCAACCCGAGCAAACGAUCUCUCAUACUAUGAGACCGUAACUCGAAGUACGGGACCAGCGAUGACUUGGAGUAUGCACGCGAUUGGCCAUCUUCAGCUCGAAGACAACUUGAGGGCGGCUUCCCUCUUCAACAGAAGCUAUGAGCCCUACGUCAGAGAGCCAUUUAAGGUAUGGAGUGAACUCCGCCGUCCGGAUGUGGGUGCGGUCAACUUCUUCACGGGAAUGGGAGGAUUUCUUCAGGCUUUAAUCUUCGGUUAUGCAGGCAUCAGUGUAAAGUUGGACAAGAUCACUAUUAAUAGACCUCAACUCCCUCCCGAAGCCACGAGGUUUAGGAUAAAAGGAAUUAAAUAUUUAGGCGCACACCUGACAUUAGAUAUUAGGGUGGCAGGCACAACGCUAACUGUGACGUCACUGGAUGAUGAAUGGCCUCUCACUACGUUUAAUGGGAAAUAUAAUAUCACACUCGUUCCGGGACUUACAGUAACAUUGAUGGGGUCUGGUCCAUUCACCAUACAUUCAACGCCUUGGAAAGACUGCAAGGUUCCGGCUGAUGUCAUUGGCGAAAACUAUUUAAGACCAAUAGAACCUUAACACAGACCAAACAAUAGACUGUCUAAAUUAUUCAUUAACUUAAUAAAGAAAUAUCUUAA